AUGGCUAUUCAACAGUUGAGCACUGAAGAACCAGGAGAGGAGCUGAAGGGCCGAAGCUAUAGCACUGAGCUGGUGUCAAAGUCUGACAGCAAAGAGAAAGGGGCUCAUGGUGCUUCAGGAGAACCAAUAAAAUCUCAGGAAUGGGAUGGGAGCCCAAGGACAGCAGCACCAGGGUCCAGUCGAUUCGGGAGGUCCUCGGUCAGUCCGACUCAGAUGGCAGGACACAGCAGCUCUGAGAGCACCCAGUCAGAGACCAAGGUGAGCUGUAAGCUGGGCCGAUCUGCUUCCACCUCAGGUGUGCCUCCUCCAACCACUGCUCCUCUCAGGCAGUCCAGCGAGACACAACAGAGCCAGGCAUUGUAUCAGCAAUGGUUCUAUGGAGACAGCACAAUACUUGAAAUGAUUGAGAAGAAGCGAUGUCUGUGCAAAGAGAUCAAGUCCCGACAGAAGCCAGAUAAAGGUCUUUGUAAACAAGACAGCAUGCCUAUCCUUCCGAGCUGGAAAAAAAACAGCAUUACAAAGAACCUGAAACUGACAGCAUCUCCCUGUCCCAAACAACAGAGCGUCCUGUGGGACACAGCCAUCUGACAAAAGUCUCUGUGAAGCAUGCUUCCCCCAAGGUUUCCACUUCUGACCAUGACAGGCCCUCUCAAAGGGUCAUUUCCGAGAUGACCUUUCUGACCUUUACCAUCCCCAUCGGUCGACCCACCUGGACCUUUGAUGAAUUCUGCUUCAAUGAUUCAGUUGCCUUGAGGAGACCCUGGUUCACUGUGACUGGAGCCAACACGUCACAUGGAAGAGGCUCAAUGACAGCAACAGCGAUGGCAGUACCCAGUCUUGGCUGCCUCUUGGGAAUUGUUUAACACUGUAAGAAUAAUUAUUAAACAGCUGCGCUGUUAUGUGAAUGGAUUUUAAUAUAGAGUUAGUUUUAUUGUCUACUUUCGAGAAAUUGCAAUCAAUCAGAGUAAGGCAUGAAAGGAGCUGGGUGGUUAAGGGCAGCUCUAUUCCACAGCACCCCCAGGAAAAACUCCCCCUCUAUGUGGGGGCUAUGUGUAACAAACACACCCUUUAUCAACAGACCGUCAGUGCUGCAGCCUGGGAAACAUGUAAGGCAUCUUUUGGCCAACUCAAAACACUUUGUUCUACAAGCACUUUUCUAAUCAGUCUCUAAAACAAGGGAAGAGGCCAGUCACUCUGCAGGGGAUACAGAAAUUCACAUCAGUGGUUGUUGAUGUAUUUGAACAGGGUCCCGUUCUGCCCUGCAGACUUCCCUUCAAGGUGACCACUUACUUUCCUAUGCAAAUGCCAGUAAAGUUUGGUGGUCUAUAUCAUCACUGUCACAGCCCAGGCCCUCUCCAGCCUCUGGCCCCAAGUGAACUGCAGUUAUUGACUGGGUGCUUUUAAAAAGAAAAUUUAUCAAUGCUCAGAGCAUUAGGGAUCAAAUUCUUAGAAGACCAAACUGCCAGGAUGAGAUUUUUGGUGUUUAUAACUCCACAAAGUGAUGUAGGAGAGACUUUUCAAAUCUUCACCCGAGUAUAUUGGAUCACCUGGGCCCAAGGGAAUAUUGGGCAUUUAUAUAGCUCCCCCCUGUAAUGGACCCCACGUGGGUCAAUUCUCCCUCAGGGGCACACUCCAAUCCAGCUGGUAUGGAACCCGGGCUCUCCUCAAGCAAUUGGUGCAAACACCAGAAAAUCUCUCCUUGGUUUGGACAGAAUCUGUGCAAUGUAACUUCAAUAGAGGUUGUUAGCUCCAAACCUAUUGAAAAGUAAUUGAAGGCUUUUAAACAUUUUCUACUAUUGUGUAUGAUUGACCUAUGAUAUAUCUAUAUAAUAUAUAUAUAUAUACAGACAAAUUCUGAUGUUAUUGUCUUGUAUUCACUUCUUGAUUUUUAAUUGUAUAUUUAAAUAAUAGUGUGAACUUUAUAUUAUUUUUGUGUAAAUCACACUGUGAUUAAAAAAGAGAGAAAGCACAGUCAAGGCACAACGAAUGAUCACAGUCAGUGCACGCAUCCCACACUGAUGGUUAGGUAUCUGAUGGUAACCAUCGUCCACACAGUGAAUACUGAUCAAGGUGCUGAUACCAAUACAGGUCACACCACAUAAAUCUGAUAAUGAUUGGAGCAAAAUCCCCGAAUGGAGAUCUUUCUGAUUCCAGCCAAAAUCAGUAUCAAUGCGAGCUCCCGAUGUCAAAUGGAAGUGUAAACCCAGUGAUAGUCAAUUCUUUAUCAUCCUGCAUCCAACUAACACCGAUGAUACCAUGAGUAACCAAAAAAACCAGAGGGUAUUGAUCCAAAAUAAAUCUGUAUCAAUGUCCAACAUUUGUCACAGUCAGUGUACACACCCUGACAUCAAUCUGUGUACAUACCUCCCAAUCCAUCAUUAUCUGGAGCCAAUAAUGAGCAUGUCCCCAUGCCGCAGCAUCAGUCAACGCCCAUUCCCAGGGAUUGAGACGUUAGUGUGUACACAUUCUGUAUAAUGAUCAGGAUCAAUGUGUUCACAAUAUUACUCCGAAUAGCAAAACCCCAUUGGCAAUUUGAUUGGAACUGGAUUAUGCACUAAGCUUGAUGAAAAUGUGUGUACCCAUUCUAAAGUCAAUCAGAGACAAUGCACAGACUGAAAUCUAACUAUAGUCACCUCCACGUUAAUUCGAUUCAGUUUCUCAGAGGGUGAGAUGGACCUCAGUGAGGGUAGGCACAGUGAAGGGACAUGAGCUGACAUUGCAGACAGAGAACAUAUCCCGAAACAGAUCACACUCCAUCCAUUUAUUCCAACAUUGAUCAUGUUCAAGGCGUUCACCUCCGAAUCUAAUCAGAGUUAAGACCAAUAAUCCUACAUUGAUCAAAAUUGGUGCCUAAACCCAGACACUGGUCACAGUCUGUUCCUGUGCACUGAUCUUUAUUUUUUUUUAGCAGGAUGGCUGAUCUUCCUGUUCUUUUUUAUUUCCCACACUCCCGCCUAACUGCGGUA